GCUCAAUCAGUUUCCUCUCCCUCAAGAUACGUCGGAGCAAUCCUCCCGCACAAUCGCUCGACGGAAUUACAUUCUUUUUUGUCUUCACCACCGUAGCUUUCACUUUUCUCUACUUUUCGUCCUUCUUUUCCGUUCUAUAUGGCCGCUCGUCCUUACGGCGGUCCUAAUGACCCUAGGACUUUUCAACAAAACCCCUUUGCUAACUCCCCUGCUCGUCCCCAGCAGUUUCCUCAGCCCUCUCAUCCUCAGCAGCCACGGCGGGACUAUGGCGAGCCAGAGGCAGCUGCGACAGAUCCCUAUGGUGCCUAUAACACCAGUACCACUCGUUUAGCUGGCGCUCCGGGUUACUAUGACCAAGGCGCUUCUCAUCCAGAUCGCAAUUACGCCACCUCAGUAGAUUCUCAUUCCAGCUAUCCGGGUAUUUCCCCCUUCGCUGAUCCAGGCGUUGGCUCAAACGAGCCUUACCCUGCCUGGUCGCAAGACCGCCAGAUACCUAUGUCAACAGAGGAGAUUGAAGAUGUUUUCAUAGACCUUCAGCAGAAGUUUGGGUUCCAGAGAGAUUCUAUGCGCAAUAUGUUCGAUUUUACGAUGCACCUUCUUGACUCACGGGCCUCCCGCAUGACUCCCAAUCAAGCACUUCUCACCCUUCACGCCGACUAUAUCGGUGGUCAGCACGCAAACUAUCGCAAGUGGUACUUUGCGGCCCAACUCAAUCUUGACGACGCCGUUGGCCAGUCGCAGAACCCAGGUCUCCAGCGUCUCAAGUCUGUCAAGGGCGGUGGUGCUGGCGGCAGCAAGUCGUUGGACUCUGCGCUCAACCGCUGGCGCAAUGCGAUGAACAACAUGUCUCAAUAUGACCGUCUACGGCAGAUUGCCCUCUACCUUCUCUGUUGGGGAGAGGCUGGUAACGUUCGGUUCACCCCAGAGUGUCUCUGCUUUAUUUUCAAGUGUGCAGACGACUACUAUCGCAGUCCAGAAUGUCAAAACCGCGUCGACCCGGUUCCGGAAGGAACAUAUCUCAGUGCCAUCAUCAAGCCUUUGUAUAGGUUCAUGAGGGAUCAGGGAUAUGAAGUCCAGGACGGUAAGUUCGUCAGGAAAGAGAAGGAUCAUGACCAGAUCAUUGGUUAUGAUGACAUCAACCAACUCUUCUGGUACCCUGAAGGCCUUGCUCGAAUUGUGCUCAACGAUAAUAGCCGACUGGUUGAUGUCUCGCCUCCUCAGCGUUUCAUGAAGUUGAGCCGUAUCGAUUGGAACAAAGUGUUUUUCAAAACAUAUUACGAGAAGCGUUCCCUCGCCCACCUCUUGGUCAAUUUCAACCGGAUUUGGAUCUUGCAUGUUUCUGUAUACUACUUCUACACGGCUUUCAACUCUCCCAAAGUUUACGCUCCCCGAACUAAGCAACACCCCUCCCCUCAAAUGACCUGGUCCGCCGUCGCUCUCGGCGGCGCCGUAUCUACCGGCAUCAUGCUUGCAGCCACUCUCGCAGAAUUUCGUUAUAUUCCCACGACCUGGAACAAUGCUUCGCACCUCACCACUCGGUUCAUCUUCCUUCUCAUCAUCCUUGCCCUGACUGCUGGUCCUACGUUUUACAUUGCCAUGGUCGACGACAGGCCGAACUUGAGUCAAGUCCCCCUCAUCCUUGGUAUCGUUCAGUUCUUUGUUUCGGUAGUCGCUACGGUAUGCUUCGCCAUCAUUCCCUCUGGCAGGAUGUUCGGAGAUCGUGUCGCUGGCAAGUCUCGCAAAUAUAUGGCUUCCCAAACGUUCACAGCGUCAUAUCCCUCCCUCGGCCGUAGUGCUCGAACUGCAUCGAUCUUGCUUUGGGUCCUCAUUUUUACCUGCAAAUUCGUGGAAUCCUACUUCUUCUUAGCAUCUUCAUUCUCAUCUCCUAUCGCCGUGAUGGCCCGAACCAAGGUGCAAGGAUGCAAUGACAGAUUAUUUGGAAAUGCUCUUUGCUCUAAUCAAGUCCCCUUCACACUUGCCAUCAUGUAUAUCAUGGAUUUGGUCCUGUUCUUCUUGGACACAUAUCUGUGGUAUAUAAUUUGGGUUGUAGUGUUCAGUAUUGGAAGGAGCUUCGGUUUGGGCCUGAGCAUCUGGACGCCGUGGUCAGAGAUAUACACCCGGCUGCCAAAACGAAUUUAUGCGAAAUUAUUGGCAACCGGGGAGAUGGAAGUUAAAUAUAAACCCAAGGUCCUGGUGUCCCAACUGUGGAAUGCAGUCAUCAUUUCGAUGUACCGUGAACAUCUCCUCUCCAUCGAUCAUGUCCAACGUCUCCUUUAUCAUCAAGUCGAUGGAUCUGACGGUCGGCGUACAUUGCGAGCACCGCCUUUCUUUACCAACCAGCAAGGACAGGGUCACAAGAACAACUUCUUCCCUGAAGGCGGUGAGGCUGAACGCCGUAUCUCCUUCUUCGCAUCGUCUCUUGCAACCGCCAUUCCUGAACCUCUACCCGUCGAUGCCAUGCCCACAUUCACCGUCCUUGUUCCACACUAUUCCGAGAAGAUUCUUCUCAGUUUACGUGAGAUCAUCAGGGAAGAGGAUCAAAAUACGCGUGUUACAUUGUUGGAGUACCUGAAGCAACUGCAUCCGGUUGAAUGGGACAACUUUGUGAAGGAUACCAAGAUACUUGCGGAAGAAAUGGACGGCGGUGAUAUUACUAAUGAGAAGGCCGCGGCCAAAGUUGACGAUCUGCCUUUCUAUUGCAUUGGUUUCAAGACGUCGUCACCGGAAUACACUCUACGAACCAGGAUAUGGGCGUCAUUAAGGGCUCAGACACUGUACCGUACCGUAUCGGGUAUGAUGAACUACUCCAAGGCUAUCAAACUCCUGUAUCGGGUCGAAAACCCCGAUGUGGUGCAUGCUUUUGGUGGAAACACGGAACGCCUUGAGCGAGAGCUUGAGAGGAUGUCGAGGCGGAAGUUCAAGUUCACUGUCUCUAUGCAACGAUAUUCCAAAUUCAACAAGGAGGAACACGAGAAUGCAGAAUUCUUAUUACGCGCGUAUCCUGACUUGCAGAUCGCCUACCUGGAUGAGGAGCCUGGUCCUAGAGGUGGAGAGGCAAGGUUAUUCUCUACCCUUAUCGAUGGUCACUCUGAGAUCGACGAAGCCACUGGCAAGAGGAAACCAAAAUUCCGAAUCGAACUUCCCGGUAAUCCAAUCCUUGGCGACGGUAAAUCUGACAACCAGAAUCACGCCAUCGUCUUUUAUCGUGGAGAGUACCUCCAGCUCAUCGAUGCCAACCAGGAUAACUAUCUCGAAGAGUGCUUAAAGAUCCGAAACAUACUUGGAGAGUUCGAGGAGUACUCAGUUUCCAGUCAGAGUCCUUACGCUCAGUGGGGCCACAAGGAAUUUAUUCGAUCUCCUGUCGCUAUCAUCGGCACUCGAGAGUACAUUUUCUCCGAAAACAUUGGUGUUCUUGGUGACAUCGCCGCAGGAAAAGAACAGACAUUCGGUACUAUGACUGCUCGUGCGCUGGCUUGGAUUGGUGGAAAGUUACAUUAUGGUCACCCCGAUUUCCUGAAUGCCACUUUUAUGUGCACUCGUGGUGGCGUUUCGAAGGCACAAAAGGGUUUGCAUCUGAAUGAGGAUAUCUUCGCUGGCAUGAAUGCAUUUGGGCGGGGUGGACGCAUCAAACACUCGGAAUACUAUCAGUGUGGUAAAGGUCGUGAUCUUGGGUUCGGUACCAUCCUGAACUUCCAGACGAAAAUCGGAACUGGUAUGGGUGAACAGAUGCUUAGUCGAGAAUACUACUAUUUGGGCACUCAACUCCCGAUUGACCGCUUCCUUACUUUCUACUACGGCCAUCCGGGUUUCCACAUAAACAACAUCCUCGUCAUCUAUUCGAUUCAAAUCUUCAUGCUCACUCUCGUCUAUUUGGGGACUCUCAACAGUAAACUACUCGUUUGCAACCUGGACUCUCAAGGCAAUAUUCUUGGCAAUCAACCAGGAUGCUACAACCUUGUUCCAGUCUUUGAGUGGAUCAGGCGUUGUAUCAUAUCCAUUUUCCUGGUAUUCUUCAUUGCGUUCUUACCUCUUUUCCUUCAAGAACUUGUUGAGCGUGGCACCGGCAAGGCGUUACUCCGUUUGGGCAAACACUUCCUUUCCCUUUCCCCCAUAUUCGAAGUGUUCUCCACGCAGAUUUAUUCGCAGUCCAUCUUGAGUAAUUUGACGUUUGGUGGUGCUCGAUAUAUCGCUACAGGCCGUGGUUUCGCCACCACCCGUCUCAAUUUCAGCACACUUUACUCUCGUUUCGCCGGGCCUAGCAUAUACAUGGGAAUGAGAAACCUUUUGCUGCUGUUGUAUGCCAGUUUGACACUUUGGAUCCCUCAUUUGAUCUACUUCUGGGCAUCUAUCCUUGCUCUGUGCAUAGCUCCUUUCGUCUUCAACCCGCACCAGUUCUCUUUCGCCGACUUCAUUAUCGAUUAUCGCGAAUUCCUUCGGUGGAUGUCGCGUGGUAAUUCUCGUACGAAGGCAAGCAGUUGGUAUGGAUAUUGCCGACUCUCGCGUACGAUGAUUACCGGUUACAAGAAAAAGAAGCUGGGCCACCCUUCGGAGAAACUGUCAGGAGAUGUUCCGCGGGCCAAAUGGAAAGCCGUCAUUAUUUCCGAAGUUCUUUGGCCAAUUUGCAUCGCGAUCUUGUUUGUCAAUGCCUACAUGUUCGUCAAAUCGUUCCCCGCGAAGUCAGGCAAGUCAGGUACUGCAGUUUCCGCCGUCAACGACAACCCAAGUGCUUUGAUUCGGAUUGCUAUCAUCGCCGUUGGGCCUAUCGUCUGGAAUGCUGCCGUUCUUAUGACCUUGUUCUUCAUUUCUCUUUUCCUUGGUCCCAUGAUGGAGUCCUGGGUCAAGUUUGGUUCGGUGAUGGCUGCUAUUGCACAUACUGCAGCCCUCUUUGGGCUGAUUGCCUUCUUCGAAUUCUUCUGGUUUUUGGAACUUUGGGAUGUGGCUCACGCCGUGCUCGGUAUCAUCUGUAUUGUCGUCAUCCAGCGCGCCAUCCACAAGAUCCUAAUUUCUGUCUUCCUGACUCGUGAAUAUAAGCACGACGAGACGAACAGAGCAUGGUGGACAGGUAAAUGGUACGGCAGAGGUCUUGGUAAUUCAGCAAUGUCCCAGCCUGCCCGAGAGUUCAUCGUGAAGAUCGUGGAGAUGUCACUAUGGAGCUCAGAUUUUAUAAUUGCGCAUAUUCUACUCAUGAUCUUGACGCCGCCGAUCCUCAUACCGUUCAUAAACCGUAUCCAUUCAACCAUGUUGUUUUGGCUUCGUCCGUCAAAGCAGAUUCGUGCACCACUAUUCUCGACCAAGCAAAAGCGGACCAGACGAUGGAAUGUCAUCAAAUACUCAGUUGUUUACCUUAUUGUCGUUUCUAGUCUCAGCGCUUUAAUUGUCCUGCCCGUGAUAUUCAGGGAUAGGAUCAACUUCGAAUGCUCCAUUUGCAAGAGUAUCUAAUGAUCUACUAUUAGUUAUUAUUUUCGUUGACGAAUUUUCAAUAUAUGCUCAUUCUACUUACCCUCGUGCGCGCUUUCAUCCAGUAAUAUGCUCGGCGCCUGGAAGGUGUCUGGAGUCGGCGAAAUGAACAUUGAUCAACGCUUGUCGAGAGCAGUGGUACCCGGUGACGUCGACAUGCAGUGAACCUUCAAGUUUCAUCAACACUCAGCCUCCGUACUCGAUUAGGCACUGUAGCAUCCCGUGCUCACCAGUUUCGUUUCAUAGUGUCGAUAUCCAAUGAAGUUGACUGGAAACCAUUGUAGUAUCCCACCGCUUCUCAGCACAAAACAACAGCAACCAACACCUUGGUCUCUAUGUUCGACACGACACG